GUAGGGACUACUACCUACUGCACUGCGCACCGCCUCACCCGGUGGCUUUCUUUCUCCCCCCCUCCCUCCAAUCAAACCACCCAUCCCCAGUCGCUCAACCCUGCUGGUGCUGCUGCACUGCUGCUGGUGCUGCUGGUGCCAGUCGGCCGACCUGUCCCUCCACGCACCCCCCCAAAACCCACUCUCCCCCUAAAACUUGCACGUCAUGAAUCACGAUAGUUUCUCCUCCCUAAAAUUUCGACGGUCGUCUAGCAAGCUUCACAAGGAUCCUCCGAGUUUCAGCUCCCGCAUCCUCAAGAGCCAGCAGAGCAACACGUCACUAAAGCGGCACCCUUCAGCGCCCGUCUACCCCCGUUCCUCCACCGGUGGGAGUCGUGAGCACUCGCGGACAAGGUCCAACGCCUACGGAUCUUCUUCAUCCUCCCUCGAGCAGAAUAGCGGCGGCCCGUCUCCGGUGCUCGCUGGCAACCAACCUGGAUACUUCUCGAACACCUCCAACCCCUCCAAAUCCCGCCCUCCCCACUCGGGUCGAUUCUCUCUCACCGAGCAAAGUUCAGAUGAAUUGAUCGGACCCCCGUUUGACAGCCGGGGCAUGCUCAGUUCAUUGCAGGAAAAUACCACCGAGACCGUCCCCCAAAAACCCCCCAACCUCCGAUCGGCCACCAGCCCGGACUCCCGAGGAUUGAGACAGUCUGCUAGCUUCACGGCUCUACAGAACCGGAUGGAGACAUUCGUGCACAGGACGACUGACAAUGAUCGCCCGGCGAAUCCAAAACGUUUAUCCGAUGAGGGUGGUGGUGGUGUUGGCUCGCGGCCAUUUGGCACGGGCAGGAGCAAAAAGAGCAGUUUCUCUAGCUUCGUCAAUAGCAUGUUAGGCUCCCCCCGAGGCAUCAAGAUCUCCGCCCCGGAGAACCCCGUGCACGUUACGCACGUUGGCUAUGACAAUCAGACCGGUCAGUUCACUGGCCUCCCGAAGGAAUGGCAGCGGCUGCUGCAAGAAAACGGUAUCUCGAAAAAGGAGCAGGAGGAACACCCGCAGACGAUGGUUGAUAUUAUGAGGUUCUACGAGAAGAAUGCUCAAGGCGAUGACGAAGUGUGGCACAAAUUUGACCACGCUUAUCCUCAGCCGCAGUCGGUUUCCAGCCCGAUUUCCGGAGGACAGACUAAUGCUGUCGGCGCCGGGUCUUACGGCCCUACCUCAGCUCGGACUUCUCCCCCGACGAGUCCUCGCUUUCCACAGAAUCAUGAGGGUAGCUUCGAAAACCCACGUGCGCCGCCUCCUAUUCCUCGUGGGCCUUCUGCGGCCACCCCAGCGGUAGGUGGCUUUGUCCCCAAUCGAGCACCACCAAAACCUCCGACCCCUGCCAAUAUCACCCCGGCUCGGCCUGCACCACAGCCACCAACCGCGGGAUCAUACAGUGCCGCGCCCGCACGUCCACCUCAAGAGGCCUAUUCCCCUCCGCAGUUCGACACGCCUCCCAUUCCGGAAACGGAGCCCCUGCAGUCUGAACCUAAGCCUCAGUUGAGCAGAUCAAACUCCAGAGCCAAUGGUACCCCCGUACCAUGGCAGUCACACAAUGUUCCUACGCCGGCUCAGUACCAACAAAAGCAAGAGCAAGCAAUGGCCGCCGCCCAGCAGGCAAUUGCGACCAUCCAACUCGACCGUAGCCGCAGUCAGCGUCAACAGCAGCCUACUCGCCAGGAACAGAAGCAACCUUCGGUGCAGAGCCCACCCCACCAUGUCUCCCCGGUGGAUGAGGCUGCACGCGCCGCUCCUGCCGCUCGCCCCCGGCAGCGACCUCGUCAGAGUAAUGCGAUGGAUAUUAGGUCGCGACUACUUGCCAUCUGUACGCCCGGGGACCCUACUAGGCUAUACCACCAUCUCAACAAGAUCGGCCAGGGUGCGUCUGGUGGUGUCUUCACUGCCUACGAGAACAACACCAACAAGUGUGUUGCUAUCAAGCAAAUGAACCUGGACUUGCAACCCAAGAAGGAUCUGAUCAUCAAUGAGAUUUUGGUCAUGAAGGACAGCAAGCACAAGAACAUUGUCAACUUCUUGGACAGCUACCUCCAUGGUCUGGACCUCUGGGUAGUGAUGGAGUACAUGGAGGGUGGCAGUUUGACUGAUGUGGUUACUUUCAACAUUAUGAGUGAAGGGCAAAUUGCUGCUGUCUGCAGAGAGACUUUGAGUGGUUUACAGCAUCUUCACUCGAAAGGUGUCAUUCACCGUGACAUCAAGUCGGACAACAUUCUUCUCUCAAUGGAGGGCAACAUCAAACUCACCGACUUUGGUUUCUGUGCCCAAAUCAACGACUCGCAUAACAAGCGAAACACCAUGGUCGGUACACCGUAUUGGAUGGCCCCUGAAGUCGUGACUCGAAAGGAGUAUGGCCGCAAGGUUGAUAUCUGGAGUUUGGGUAUCAUGGCCAUCGAGAUGAUCGAGGGUGAGCCUCCUUAUCUUACGGAAUCGCCCCUGAGGGCUCUGUAUUUGAUUGCCACCAACGGCACGCCUACAAUUAAGGAUGAGCACAACUUGUCGCCCGUCUUCCGUGAUUUCCUGCACCUUGCUCUCAAGGUGGAUCCUGAGAAGCGAGCCUCGGCACAUGACUUGCUCAAGCAUCCGUUUAUGUCGCUUUGCGCGCCCCUGAAUCAUCUCUCGCCCCUUGUUAAGGCUGCGCGGGCUAGCAGAGCCCAGGAAAAAGCUCAAAAGGGAGGCGCCUAGGUGCCGUCGCUUUUCAACUGUUACUAUAUACGUCGAUGUCUUCUGUCCUCUCUCUCUCUCAGAUACCCAUUACCCCCCUGAUAUUUCAUAUUUGCUGGACAAUGACGCUGGCAUUGCAUUAUGGCCGACCCUUGUUCGCAGCUACUCAUGUUGGCAGUUUCGCAUCUCCUGUGAAUGUCUAGAAGGCGAUGACCUC